UCACCGCCCACCGCCGGCGUUUGCUCCCUCCCUCGGCUGGCACGGGAUCCUGAGCCCGCCCAGCGCGCCGAGCCUGGGCAAACCGAGCCAAGCCGAGCCGAGCCGAGUCCCGCUGUUGUGCGCAGCCCGGCACCGCGGCAGCAUGACCGCGCGCGGCCCAGCCCUCGGCCUCCUCCUGCUGCUGCUCUGUCCCGCGCAGGUGUUGGCAUGGUCCUGCGUGUGGUAUGGAGAGUGUGGAAUUGCAUCUGGAGACAAGAGGUACAACUGCCAGUACUCGGGGCCACCAAAACCCUUGCCAAAGGACGGGUAUGACUUAAUGCAGGAGCUCUGCCCAGGACUCUUCUUUGACAACGUCAGUGUGUGCUGUGACGUGCAGCAGCUGCGGACCCUGAAAGACAGCCUGCAGCUGCCCCUGCAGUUUCUGUCCAGAUGUCCAUCCUGUUUUUAUAACCUAAUGAACCUGUUUUGCGAGCUGACGUGUAGCCCCCGGCAAAGUCAGUUUCUGAAUGUUACAGAAACUGAAGAUUAUGUUGAUCCUGUUACAAACCAGACGAAAACAAACGUAAAAGAAUUACAGUACUAUGUCGGAGAGAGUUUUGCCAAUGCCAUGUACAACGCCUGCAGGGACGUGGAGGCCCCCUCGAGUAAUGACAAAGCCCUGGGGCUCCUGUGUGGGAAGGACGCCGAAGCCUGCAAUGCUACCAACUGGAUCGAGUACAUGUUCAAUAAGGACAACGGCCAGGCGCCUUUCACCAUCACACCCAUUUUCUCAGAUCUUCCGGCCCAUGGGAUGGAGCCCAUGAACAAUGCCACCAAGGGCUGUGAUGAGUCUGUGGACGAAGUCACGGGGCCGUGCAGCUGCCAGGACUGCUCGGCCGUGUGUGGCCCCAAGCCCCAGCCGCCGCCCACUCCGGCUCCCUGGAGACUCUUGGGCCUGGACGCCAUGUACGUCGUCAUGUGGACCACCUACAUGGUGUUCUUGCUCGUGUUUUUUGGAGCAUUUUUUGCCGUGUGGUGCUACAGAAAGCACUAUUUUGUCUCCGAGUACACGCCCAUUGAUAGCAACAUCGCUUUCUCUGUAAAUGCCAGUGACAAAGGGGAGGCGUCCUGCUGCGACGCACUCGGUGCGGCAUUCGAGGGCUAUCUGAGGCGGCUCUUCUCCCAGUGGGGCUCUUUCUGCAUCCGAAACCCAGACUGCAUCAUCAUCUUCUCCCUGGCCUUCAUUGCCGCCUGUUCGUCAGGCCUGGUGUUUGUCCGGGUCACCACCAACCCAGUGGACCUGUGGUCCGCCCCCGGCAGCCAGGCACGCCUGGAGAAAGAAUACUUUGACACACACUUUGGGCCCUUCUUCCGCACGGAGCAGCUCAUCAUCCAGGCCCCCAACACCAGUGUGCACACUUACCAGCCGUACCCCUCAGGAUCCGAUGUGCCCUUCGGGCCCCCGCUCGACAUAGGGAUCUUGCACCAGGUCCUGGACUUACAAACCACCAUUGAAAACAUCACUGCAUUUUAUAACAACGAGACCGUGACACUUGAAGACAUCUGCGUGGCCCCCCUCUCACCCUAUAACAAGAACUGCACCAUUAUGAGCGUGUUAAAUUACUUCCAGAACAGCCAUUCCAUGCUGGACCACAAAAUAGGCGAUGACUUCUUUGUGUAUGCCGAUUACCACACGCACUUGCUAUACUGUGUACGGGCUCCUGCCUCUCUGAAUGAUACCAGUUUGCUCCAUGAUCCUUGCCUGGGUACGUUUGGUGGGCCAGUGUUCCCGUGGCUUGUGUUAGGAGGCUAUGACGAUCAAAACUACAAUAAUGCCACAGCCCUUGUGAUUACCUUUCCUGUCAAUAAUUACUACAACGAUACAGAGAAGCUCCAGAGGGCCCAGGCCUGGGAGAAAGAGUUUAUUAAUUUUGUGAAAAACUACAAGAAUCCAAAUCUGACCAUUUCUUUCACUACUGAGCGAAGUAUUGAGGAUGAACUGAAUCGUGAGAGUAACGGUGAUGUCUUCACGGUUCUGAUCAGCUAUGCCGUCAUGUUUCUGUACAUUUCCAUAGCCUUGGGCCACAUCAAAAGCUGUAGCAGGUUUCUAGUGGAUUCUAAAAUCUCCCUUGGCGUCGCCGGGAUCCUCAUUGUGUUGAGUUCAGUGGCGUGCUCAUUGGGGAUCUUCAGCUACAUUGGGAUCCCCCUCACCCUCAUUGUGAUCGAAGUCAUCCCAUUCCUGGUGCUGGCUGUCGGGGUGGACAACAUCUUCAUUUUGGUCCAGACCUACCAGCGCGAUGAACGUCUUCAAGGAGAAACUCUGGAUCAACAGCUGGGCAGGGUCCUGGGCGAAGUGGCUCCUAGUAUGCUCCUGUCAUCCUUUUCAGAGGCUGUAGCGUUUUUCUUAGGAGCCUUGUCAAAGAUGCCAGCCGUUCACACUUUCUCCCUGUUUGCCGGGAUGGCCGUCCUCAUUGACUUCCUGCUUCAGAUUACCUGUUUCGUGAGUCUCUUGGGGUUAGACAUUAAGCGUCAAGAGGUAAGUUGUUGUCAGGAUGACAGUCUGUUUACAGUCUGGAAUCAAAGUGAGGCGGCAGGAGGGUGUCACCUUUGUUCCUCUUUGUCCUCUCAGAAAAAUCGCCUGGACAUCCUUUGCUGUGUCAGAGGCUCUGAAGAUGGAACUGGCAUCCAGGCCUCAGAAAGCUGCUUGUUUCGGUUCUUCAGAAACUCCUAUUCUCCUCUUCUACUUAAGGAUUGGAUGCGACCAAUUGUGAUAGCGGUAUUUGUGGGUGUCCUGUCAUUCAGUAUCGCGGUCCUGAACAAAGUGGAAAUUGGAUUGGAUCAGUCUCUUUCAAUGCCCGAUGACUCCUACAUGCUGGAUUACUUCAGGUCCCUCAAAUACCUGCAUGCGGGUCCACCUGUGUACUUCGUCCUGGAGGAGGGGCACGACUACACCUCUCUGAGAGGGCAGAACAUGGUGUGCGGGGGCAUGGGCUGCAAUAACGACUCCCUGGUGCAGCAGAUCUUCACCGCGGCCCAGCUGGACAACUAUACCCGAAUAGGCUUUGCGCCCUCGUCCUGGAUUGAUGAUUAUUUUGAUUGGGUCAAGCCUCAGUCUUCUUGCUGUAGAGUCUACAACAGCACAGAUCGUUUCUGCAACGCUUCAGUGGUUGACCCUGCCUGCAUCCGCUGCAGACCUCUGACCCCGGAGGGCAAACAGAGGCCUCAAGGUGAAGACUUCAUGAGAUUCCUGCCCAUGUUCCUUUCUGAUAACCCAAACCCCAAGUGCGGCAAAGGGGGACAUGCUGCUUACAGUUCAGCCGUUAACAUCCUCGGCAACGACACAGGUGUUGGAGCCACGUACUUCAUGACCUACCACACUGUGCUUCAGACCUCUGCUGACUUCACUGACGCCAUGAGCAAAGCCAUCCUCAUCGCCAGGAACAUCACCACAACCAUGGGCCUCGAAGGAAGUGGUUACCGUGUGUUCCCGUACAGUGUGUUCUAUGUCUUCUACGAACAGUACCUGACCAUUAUUGAUGACACGAUCUUUAACCUCAGCGUGUCCCUGGGAGCCAUCUUCUUGGUGACCUUGGUUCUCCUGGGCUGUGAACUGUGGUCUGCAGUGAUCAUGUGUGUCACCAUCGCCGUGAUCGUGGUCAACAUGUUUGGCGUCAUGUGGCUGUGGGGCAUCAGUCUGAACGCAGUUUCCUUGGUCAACUUGGUUAUGAGCUGUGGCAUUUCCGUGGAGUUCUGCAGCCACCUGACGAGAGCGUUCACAGUGAGCACGAAGGGCGGCCGCGUGGAACGGGCCGAGGAGGCGCUCUCUCACAUGGGCAGUUCUGUGUUCAGUGGAAUCACACUAACAAAAUUUGCAGGGAUUGUGGUGUUGGCGUUUGCCAAAUCUCAGAUCUUCCAGAUAUUUUACUUCAGGAUGUAUCUGGCUAUGGUCUUACUGGGAGCCACCCAUGGCUUGAUAUUCCUCCCUGUCUUACUCAGCUACAUAGGCCCAUCAAUAAAUAAAGCCAAAAGUUCGGCCACUCAAGAGCGAUACAGAGGUACAGAGCGCGAACAGCUCCUCAAUUUCUAGCCUCUCGCGAGGUUUGGGGACUUCGAACUGUGUGUGUGGGUCGGUCGGUUUGCUGCUCGACAGUCGCCGUGUUGUCCGGGCAGAGCCGGACGGUAGCGACACCAGGCUCGAACAGCGGCAGCUGCAGCCCUAGUGCUUUCGGAUCCAGGACCGCCAACCUGACGUGUGAAGCAGUAUUACCUAAUCGGAAGGCAGCUCCAGGACGCCCAGGGGCCUUCCACAUUCUCCGGGAACGAGACCUAACUCGGGCAGGCGGAAGGGGACACGAGCGAAGCUGAGUGGGAUCUGCUCCCUGACCCCUUCUAAAGGCCAAUCAAUGCAAUGUUUUUUGUUUGUUUUUGGAGUAAGCCAUCACACGAGUUCUAUACCAUAUUUUUAGUAACACUUGAGGAUGUUGUAGAUACUUUAACAUUUUGUAGUUUAAAGAGCUUUAUUAAUGCAAUAAAUUAACUUUGUACACA